GUAGUUUCCAAAAAUCCCUGCAGAUAGAUGUUCAAAUUAAUUUAUUUAUGAAGCUAUAUAUUGACAAUUGACGUAUUGCCAAAAUAUUGAUGAUGGAUAAUUUUGAUUUUUGGUUUUGGUUUAUAAGCAAGACGUUUUAAAAACUGAAAAUGAUAGAAACAUUAUAAUUAAUAUAAUACGUUUCAAUGUGAUUAAAUGCCAAGAACAUCACAACAUUUACUCCAAUCUGAGAGACUACCAACUUCAUUAGAUAUGUCUGGAGCUUUUACAGAACAUGGUGCUCCUCCUUCAUAUGAAGAAGCAAUUAAUCCUAAUGCCCCACCUCCCUCAUAUGAUUCUUUAUUUGGAAGAGUACGAGAAGCACAGAAAACAAGUAAAGGAGUCCUAGAAUUUCUGAAAAAUGUAAUUAUAAUUGUAUUAGGCACAUUGGGAUGUACUAUAAUAUUAGGUGUUACAAUUGUUAUUCCAAUAUGUAUGAUAGUAAUGGGUUCUAUGUAUUUAUAUGACUGUCCACAGGGAGAAUACAUUCCAGUUUAUUUAUUAGUAGGAGGUAUAUUUGGUGUAGUAAAACAACUUUUACAUUUAUCUGCAAGAGUUAGACAAACAGAAGAAGAAAGACAAGAAGAGAAUUUAAGACAAUCCCCUACUCAAACUUUAUUAAAUUGUUUUAUGCUAGGAUGGUUCAUUAUUGGAUCUGUAUGGGUGUAUAAAGAAUAUGAGCCCAACUACGAUCCUUCUCUAGGAAAAUAUUGUAACAAGAAUUUAUACUUGUUUUCAUUUUGGUUGAUAACAUCUGUUUAUAUAUUAUUGGGAGCGCUAACUGUUUGUCUAUGUUCGAUUAGUUUAGCCACUAUUAUAUUUCAUACGGAUCAAAGAGAUGAUAAUGAAGUUAACGGCCGUCUAUGGUAAAUUGAAAGUAAUAGGUGAUAUUAAAAUUGAGGCAGUUAUGUUGUGGAAAACAUUUCUAGAGAUCAUUAAAAUUGUUUGCGGGUAGGAUAUUUUUUUUUGGUUUACAUGACAAAUAUACAAAUGGUUUUGUCUUAAACCAUUUCUAUACAGUUUUUAAAUGACAUUAUAUCAGUAUCAAAUAUACAAAUGGUUUUGUCUUAAAUCAUUUCUAUACAGUUUUUAAAUGACAGUAUAUCAGAAUAUAUUCUUCAACUAGUAUGGAAAAUAGGAUUCAGUGGUAUACUGACGACCAACACAAAAUACUUGACAUUUAUUUCUAUGAAAUAGCACUAGUUCAUAGGGAAAAAUGUCGUCUAGGUGGCAGGAAAUGUUUGUGUAUAAGUGUUGAAAAGCUUGCUUUUCACGUGGAGUAUAACAGAAUGACUUAUGACCAAUCAAUAAACUGAAACAUUUUACAAAAAAACCAAUUUAUUACAUAUUAUAUGAUUACCAAUAUAAUCAAUUCUACCUUUAUCGAAGGUUAAACGUUCCGUUGAAUACCAGUGGUCUACAAUCGUAGAUAUUUCUUAAUAAUUCAAUUUCAAUACCCUUAGAGGUUAGUUUUUUUGUAAAACGUUGUUGCUCUUGAUCUUGAAGCUGAGAUAUUAAGAGUUUUCGGUAUUUUGAUAAAAAUGCUUGGGCAACACAAGCAAUACAAGUUUUGCCUUGGUGGUGAAAAGAUUUACUUUAUUAGCAACAAUAAUGUAUAUAAAUGAUUUUAAGAUAAAGGUCGUAAAAAAUAUAUUCAUUAUAAUGCUCUAUCGAUUAACAAAUAUUUUACUAUAUAUGUUCACUGUUUUAUCACUUGAUAAUACAUGACUAUACCCGUUCAAAGAAUGUUUUAAGACAAUUAGCUUCGAUAAUUUUAUUUUGGGAAAGGGACUAUGCAGAUGUAGUGAUAAUAUUAUGUUGAAAAACCAAAAACCAAGAAUCUAACAUGUAAUUCGAUAGUAACAAUAAAACUCAAGACUAGAAAAUCUGAUACCAGAUAAUUUUAAUGUUAUUGUUUAUUCAGAAAUUUUGAUAAUUUAGGAUAAGUAUACCAAAAUAACAUAUUUACAGAAGGGUGAUUCAUUUUCGAAAAAAAUAUUAUUCUACACAGAAAAAAAUUCUAAUUUUGAGCUCUUGAUAUCAAUUUUAAGUACUUUUACCAUUUAAAGUGCUUGUAAAAAAUUUUUUGUUUUCAAAUUCCUAAUACUUAUUCACUUUUUACAAUAAUGCAAAUCAGUUUGAUGGAAUUUUAUGCCGUUCGAAAUCGAAAAUAGAGAUUUUUCUUUUCUAUAUGAAGAUUAAUUUUUUGCUUGAGCUUUUUUUUCGAAAAUGAAUCACGCUAAUACAGCUUUAUUGAUGAAUUUGUCGCUUUGGAUUUAUGAAUGCAAAAUAUUAUCUUAUUAUUGGUAAUAACUACAAUGACAUGGUAGUUCGUAUUUACACUGAAAACUCACUCGCUGUUCACACUUAGAGUUCACAACGCCAAGUACCCGAGCACUGAAAUUUUUUUUCCACUAAUAUGAAAAUGCAAUGGGCGUUGUAGGCAAAAGUUAUGUCAAGAACGCACAUUUUGGACACUGUAGGUUUAAGCAUCUAAAUCGUUUUGAUUUUGGGUCUCUUGUAUUUAAAAAUUUGACGUUUAUACUGUUCGUUUCAAAUUUUUAUCUGUCACAUAUAUAACAGGUCUAAGAAACAAGAAAUUAAAGAAAAAUAGUGUGAUUUAUUGAACACAUAUAGUUUAAUAAUAAUUAUUCCUCAUGGGAAGGAGUCAAAUUCUAUUGAAUACGGAUUUCCGUGAGUAUAAAGUAUUUUUGACAAAACUGCUUGUGAAAAAUAACUCAUCACUCAACACUCGUCGCUAAUGUUUCAAUUGCCUCAUAAUAGGUUUGUUCCCUGUAGCUGCACGGGCAGAACUAGUUCAAGAAGUGUACACUAAAGCGUUCUUAGUAGCAGUGCAACAGGACUGCUUGCAUUGGGUCUAGAGUCAGUUCAGCCAGUGCAGUGCAAUGUAAAAUAUCAAAAAGUAAUAAGUCGUUUUCCAUUAUUGUUAAUACUACAAGGCCUCAAUCACAUCAAAUAACCUCAAGUACAACAAUCAACAAAUGCUCCAUUGCGCUUUGCACUGGUCCAGUUCCAGUGCAGCUACCAAGAACAAACCUAAUGAAACCAACUCUGACAUUAUCAGGACAUUUCAAGUUAAUGAUGUCAAAAUCAGCUGAUUUCAUCUUUGUAUAAUAAACAAAAGACUUUCUAAUAUGGCUAAUGAACCAUUUUGUGAAGUUAUUUCUGUAUUAUUGAAAUUAAUUUUACAAAAAUGGCAUUUUGCUGAGUUGUAAAUUCUAGUAAUAAUUUCAAACAAAAAAUCACCUUCAGCUUUAAAUAUAGCCCAAAAAAGCUUGACCUAACAAAAAUAAUUAUGUGCGAGAAAGAGAAAUUGUUUACAAAAAAACAUUUGACUUAGUCCGUAACUUUUCGACUUGCACAGUUACUGACAAGUCCUGCCUUAAAAGACUUGGAAGAAUUUUAUAUGCCCUCAGUAAACACUAAAUGUCGAAAUUUUCAAUUUCCUAGUAGGGCUAAUUUUUGCUUCUUAUCGCAACUUCCAACCUUCCAAAACUAUGCUUUACGCACAAAAACAACUUUACAAAUUUGAAACACAAAGAAACGCCUCAACAGUUCUCCCUAAGCAGAUUUCUACGGUUAUAACUAGGCGUCAAUGCUCAAGAACAUUUUGAGGUUAUGUUCUGAAAUAACCUAAACGUGCCAUUUCAUGUUGAUGUUCGACGCGUUAGAUGAGGUCACGUGGUAUACUUUCUACUGGUACACCAUCUUAAAUUAAUGAAGCGUCAAGCUUCAAAAUAUAGAGAAAAUAUGCCACCUCUGUCAAUAGAUAAUUUAUUCAAUAAUUGCUAAAUUUAAUUUUUUUCUAAUUUAGCACUUAUUGGAUAAAUUAUCUUUUGAUUUCUGGGUUUUGUCCAUAAAGUGCUUAAUAAAUUUUGAAGAAACGUCGAGCGAACGCUUCUAAUGACCGCGGGCUUUAAGUGGAACGACAUAGAGGGUGUUACAAUCGUUGUGAGCGUUAAGUGAAAUAUUAGAUACUUUCUAUUUACAUUCAAAUGAACUGAGACACUCAGUCACUGCUCAGUGAAUAAAACGAAGGCGUAAUGUGAAUGCUAUUAACAAAAAAAAAUGACAUAACAACAAUAAGAUUAUUUCCAUCAAUGGCCACUUGCACCAUAAAGUUAACAAUGCCUCAAAUUUUAACACUGAUAUAUGCUGUUUUCCGAAUGGCACCGUGUGUUAAACCCAGUGAAAAUUUUGAGUUAGGAAUACUUUUUUGUUAAGAAUUUUGUACUCUACAUUUUUUUUUUUCGUAUUCCUCAUAGUUUUCGAGUUAUUCGCGUUUUUGAGUUACAAGUUCCAAGCAGAAUCUAGAAAAUCAAAACCGCUCAAUUUGAUUUAAGGUUUUAGCUCAAAAUCACCUAAUUUACCUGUACUUUAACCCAUCCAAUGCAAUAGUGACAACAGGUGAUACCUUUAACACUGCAGCUAAUGGCAAUUUAACGAUAUCCUUCGGCCAAAAAAAAAUUGAGUUAUGACGGCACAGAUGAGAAUAAUCUGAGUUUCAAUGUAAAUGCGAAGUAGCUAUUUUGUAUUGCAUAAUACGCGUGAGAUUUCACACAAAAAAUACAAAUUAAGCUUCACUAUAUUACUGCUCGUUUUUCAAAUACCCAUAUACAAAAUAAUAUUAGGAUGAUAUUAGUAAUAUAUUUUUUCUAUUUAAUAUAAGUAAAUUAGGUGUAAUGCAUUUUGUAAUAUUACGAGGGCCGUUUUUUUUCAACCUCCGAUCGCUCCGUGCAGAUGACAUUCAGGCGUCAGUCGGCGUUGCGCUACAGCCACGUAAACAUGUCCGCCAUUAUUUUUCUACAGACUGAAGGCCAUAGUGCUGCAGUAAUACCUCGGAGAAUGAGUCGUGUGUAUGAGGAAAACUUCAUGAGUGAUGGUGUUGUGCGUGAAUGGUGUCGAAAGUUUAAAGAUGGUCGUAAUGUGCAUGGUGAAGGAGGGCCAAGGACGCAAAUUUGUCGUUUCAGAUAAACUGGUUCAACGAGUUGACAAAAUGGUUAAAGAAAACCGCAGAUUUACCAUUACUGCUUUGUCUACGGAAUUUCCAGAAGUUUCAAGGUCUGUUUUGUACUCUACUUUAAUUCAUUGGCGGCAACUUUUGAAGAGAGUAUUGAAAAGGUUGUCCACAGAUAUGAAAAAUAUCUCAAUCUCCUCGGUGAUUAUGUGAAAAAGUAACCUAACCUAACCUAAACGUAUGUAUACCAAUUUUUUGGUAAGAAAAUUAUUGUUUUAUAUGAACUUGUCUUUUAUUUAUAGCCUAUCGGAGAUUGAAAAAAAAGGCCCUCGUAUAUGUAAAUACUUGAUUUAUAUAUUGAUUCGCGGGUAUGAGGAAAGAAAUUAUUUUUAUUCGAAAUUUUUUUCUAAUAUUUGAUUGUUUUAUUUUGAUAAGGAAGGCAUCUUAAUUUGUGUGGUUCGGUUUACAUAGCCAUACCAAACUGUGAUAUAUUUUUUUAUAAGCUUUAUAUAUUGUAAAUUUUUUUCUUAAAUCAUGACUAUAGCGAUUAUGUUGAUGCUAAUAUUUUAUGAGAUAAUCAUUUGUAAAUGAUCCAUGAUAAAUAGUAAAUUAAUCCUGAUUGAAUUCACUAAAAUUUUGAUCAACAUCGAAGGUAUUGAGAUAUAGAUAACCGAAAAGUUGAAACGUGAUGGUGAAAAUUCUUGCACUGGUUUUUUUAUUAAGUACUGCCUUUUUUUGGUGGAGAUGGUGCGGUUAGGGAGUGUGCAUCUCAUUAUAUGGCCUCCAAAAUACAUAGACUAUGGAGAGCUUGCUUUUUUAUUCAAAAAUACAUAAUACCGCUCCUUGCUCAAGAUUGGAAACCCAUUACAUACCAAUGCAUGGGAUCACUGUCCGCCAUGCUUUGAAGUGGGAUCACUGUUCACCAUGCUUUGAAUGUUGAGGUUGAUUGAAGACUGCAUUUACUAAUUUGUGUUUAUUUACGUAAUUAUUCACAAUUAAUAACAUGAUUCUAAGUACGAUGAUUAGAAUACUCAAAUGGCUCAAGAUAUUUUGGACAGGGAAAGUGUGCGUUCGCUAAGGUCAAGUGGAGGAAAUGUGUUCUGCUUUAGAUGUGAAAAGAUAAGAAUUCGACACUGAAUAAUGGAAUUUAUAAGAAGAAGAAUGCGGUUGUGAGAUACCUGAAGAUGCUUAACUUAGCAGAUGAUGUGGCGUGCAGAUUCCUUUGCAGAGAGGACGAAACUUCUAUCCACAUUUUCUCGGAAGUGUGAAACAAUAAGAAACUCCAGAGCACUACACCUGGGAGCAGUUGAAAUAGAAGAUCUCUAGCAAUUACAGCCAUACCACAUUCUAGACUUUUUAAAAGGAGUGGGAUUAUUGGAUCAGUAUCGCAGCACGAAAGGAGAAAUAAUAGAUCUCCUGGGUCAGUGUAUAUGAUACCCCAAAAUCCAUACAUACAAUAUUUGACUUUCACAAUAAAAGUAGUCAGAAUGUUAUAUGUGUGUAGAUAGUUUUCAACAUUAGCUUUGUGUUUUUUUGGUGAGAAAGAUGUCUCCCAUAUUCCAGCUUUUUGACAUAUCUAUUUCUCUCACAUAUUUCACAAACACCUGUAAACUUUUUUUAUAGACAGUAAUAAUUAAUAUGGGUUUCCUUCCUGGCCAUGUUACAAAUGAAAAUAGGACAUAGUUUUGUAAAUAAUAUUAAAUCUGAUUAUCUCGCUAAUUUCUUCCUUAAUAUUUAUUUACAAAUAUAAUUUUGGUCAUCGAAACUAGAUAUAGUUACGAAUAAAAUAUUUUUCUUCUAUUUUGACCGAUAUUCUGACUGUUUCAUUUUUGCUCAUGAUAAAUUAAUUUAUUAUGGGAGUCUUAUCUCUAAAUUUUUAAAAUAGUCUUGAUUUUUAGGUCUCUUCUAUUAUGAAAUUAGUUAAGUUAGGAUACAUAAAAUAAAACUAAUUUUAUAACAAAAGAGACCUAAAAUCAAGAACAUUUAAAAACAUAAACAUAUAAAAGGUCUAAGAAAUAUAAAAAAUUUUCAAAAUUUAAUAUCUAAACCUGAAAAAAUUUUGUAGACAGAUAAAUAGAUAUACAACUAAAACUGAUAUCUUAGAUAUAUCUAUCGAUUAUAGAUCUAGAAUAUAACUAGUGAUAUAUAGAAUAGUUAAUAGAAUCAUAUAAUUAGUUUCAAUAUAUUUUUAACAAUAAGGUAUUGAUUGACCAAAAAAAUAAAUUAAAGUGGAGGACUCAAUCUCAUGUAAUUUAAUGAAAUUCUCCAAUGUAGCCAUUAAUUUUCUAAAACACGAUGCCUUAUAGAUAUUUACUUUACCUUAAAAAUAUAUAUCAUUAACAAUUAACCGAUUUGUUUUAUAUUGUAAAAUUAUUAUUUGUCAUACAUUUUCUGGUUAAUGGGAAGUAAAAUAAUACUUUCUACUGUCAAACUUUUCCAUUUAUUAUAGCUAAGACCAUGUUUUCAUUUUUAUCAGCUAUUUUAGUGAAUUUACCAGCAAUGCAGGGAGGGUUAUUGUUCAAACAACUGAUCGAAAUUAAUAGUGGUGGAGCCCUAAAGGUAAAUUGGGAUUUACUCGAGCCCCAUUGGAUUUUAAAGUUUAGAUUAUACGGAGAAAAAGCGUUUCAAAUUUUAUAUAUAUAUAUAUAUAUAUAUAUAUAUAUAUAUAUAUAUAUAUAUAUAUAUAUAUAUAUAUAUAGGGCUUGGUAAGAAACCUUUUAAAAAACUGACUGACUAUUCAAAGCGACACAGACUUUUAGACUUUUAUUCAUCAGACAAUUCAAAUGAUGUUAUGAUUGUAUAAAAUCUCAACAUUUCCUAUAUCUGAUGGUUCAAUUUUUUAAUUAUUUCUAAAAGCUGAAUUUAAUAAAUAAAAUUAUGAAAAAUUUGGUAAAAAAAUUAAAUUAAAUGAAAAUACCUACUUUGUUAUAGCUACACACAAUUCAACCAUUUUUGCAACUGUGAAUUGUGAAAAUUGGCUAAUUAAAUUUUUUCUGUAUCAUAUCAUCAAUGUAUUUUUUUGCUAUUUUGUGAACCACCCACUCCCUUCUAUUAUAAUGAAUCAUCAUUUAGUGAAAUGGAAACUUUUCAAUAAAAUAUAUCUUUUAAAGUGUUUCUGUCAAUUUUUUAAAUUAUUAUUCUGAUGCAAGAUUCUCUACAGGAUACCUAUACAUGGUGGAAGUACUCGAAAAGUAUCCUUACAUUAAUAGCCAUCCUCGAGUAAACCCCAGAAUCCCCCUGGACUUUCCUACUUAAAAUUGUUUCGAGAUAAGACUUUCAUGGAAAUUUCGAUGCACACUGCUCAUACUUAACUUAUAUACCCAAAUAACAAUUUUAUUAUCAGUCUAAUAUCAAGAAUCUCAGUCUGAAAUUAAUUUUUUAUAUUUCUAUACAUUGUUACUUGGGUAUUACAUAAAAUAUUUGCGAAUAUUAUGUUUUGUUGUUUUUUAUAUUGUUAUCUUUUGUUAUAUUACAAUUUUAGUUAAUAUAUUUAUUUUACAG